ACAAUUUGACAUUUGUUCAUGACUUUUUAGUUGAUUGAUAAUAUUAUAUUUGAAUAUAACACGUGUAAUUCUUAAAGUUAGUUUUAGUUAAUUAGUAAAAUUGUAUUUUUUAUUGAAACUGUGGAAAAAAGUAUCCGUUGAUAUAUUUGAAGAAAAUAGCAAUGCAAAAGAAGAAAAAAGGAUUUGAAUUUUGGAAAGAUGUAUUAGGUGGGCCAGAGUUAAUUGUUGCACCAAUGGUUGACGCAAGUGAAUUGGCUUGGCGAAGUUUAUGUCGCCGACAUGGGGCACAGUUAUGUUACACACCCAUGUUACAUAGUUCUGUAUUUUGUCGGGAUCCAAAAUAUAGAAAAGAAGCUUUGGUCACGUGCCCAGAUGAUCGACCUUUAAUAGUACAGUUUUGUGGAAACGAUCCAAAAAUUCUAUUAGAAGCGGCAUUAUUAGCAGAAGAUUAUUGUGAUGCUAUCGAUAUCAAUUUAGGUUGUCCGCAGGCAAUUGCUCGAAGGGGGCAUUAUGGUUCAUUUUUACAAGACGAAUGGAAUUUAUUAGCGGAUAUAGUAAGUACAUUAAAUAAGGAAUUAAAAGUGCCUAUUACUUGCAAAGUUCGAGUAUUUGAAGAUAUAGAGCGCACUGUGAAAUAUGCACAAAUGCUUGAAUCAGCUGGAUGCACACUAUUGACCGUUCAUGGAAGAACACGGGAACAGAAGGGACCACUGACUGGAUUAGCCGAUUGGAAUUACAUAAAAGCAGUACGUGAGGCUGUCAAAAUCCCAGUAUUUGCAAAUGGAAAUAUCCAGACAUUACAAGAUGCUCGUCGAUGUAUAUUAGAGACAGGCGUAGUUGGUGUAAUGUCAGCGGAAGGAAAUUUAUACAAUCCUUUUAUAUUUGAGGGAAGAAAUCCCCCUUCUUGGGAACCAGCUCUUGAAUAUUUGGAUCUCGUUGAAACGUACCCAUGUCCAAAUGCCUAUAUACGUGGUCAUUUAUUUAAAAUAUUUCAUCAUGUAUUAGCUCUACCAGAAAAUUCUACAGAAAGAAGCAAUCUAGGAACAGCGAGUACUUUGGAAGAUUUUCGAGAAGUAUGUUUGAGUAUUAAAAGUAAAUAUGAAAAAUAUCAUGAAGGAAUAGAAAAAUGGGAAUCAUCUGAUUAUACGUUAUCUUUUCCACCUUGGAUUUGUUAUUCAUAUGUACGACUAUCGCCUGAGGCUCAUGUUAAAAAAAUAGAGGAAAGGAACCAAAUUGCUGAAAAUUGUCGACAAAGCGAUGAUUCUGAUGUUAUUGGUAAAAGACCUCGUUAUGAAGAUUCGGAAGGCAAUGAAAUUACAAGGAAACGUAUGAAAAAAUUGCGACGAAUCCAAAGAAGACCCGGGCGAGGAACACUAGAAGAUAUCAUUGCGAAUGCACACAGCAGAAAAGGAGCAGAGUUAUGUGAAAUGUGCCCUAAUCCAAUGGGUACAAAAUGUGACUAUAAGUUAUGUAAGCAAUGUUGUCGGAACAAAUGUUAUUAUGAAAAUUUAGAUUGUCCAGGACAUAAAAUACAAAUUAAAACACGCAGAGAAGUGGCAUCAAAAUUUUCUAAAAAAGGAGUUAAAUGUACCGAAGAUGGUAAAUUAAAUGAAGGUGUUGAACUUAUAUCAAGUAAUUGAUAAAAAUUAGUAAAUAUAGUUUAGCUAAUGACGAAAUAUUUUAUUA